AGGCGGUAUAAAGGGUCUGGAGGGCGCAGAGGGGGUGUGUGUGCAGACUGUACACAGCGGACUGAGGAGAGCUAACAGGGCAGACUCAGACUUUACACACACACACACACACACACACAGGAGUGUUUCAAGUGUCUAAUAAAGUGCCAGCGUCCUCCACGACCUCCAGCCAAUAAACCCGCGUCUGAUCAUGCCAGUGGACAUGGCCAUGCAGUUCUACAUCACACACUCUCCACCUCUGCACAGCUUCUUCAGCUCGUACAAGGACUACAGGGCGAGGAAUCUCAUCAACUUCCACUGCAAACCUCUGCGUCCCUGCAUCAACACCAAAAACACCCACGACACCAGUCUGAAUCCGGCAUGCCACGCCUGGCAGGCUCCCGGAAACAAAGCUAAGAAGAAGGUGGUGUUCGCCGACUCUAAAGGCAUGUCGCUGACCGCAGUCCGUGUCUUCUCUCCGUGCGAAAAUAAAAAAACGGACUCGUCGCUGGAGUUCCACGUCCCGAAGAUAGAGGGCGGUCUUUAUCCUGUCCAAAGCAGAAUCCUGGAGUUUCGGCAACCUGCGGCAGAUUACCUGGACUUCCGGAAUCGUCUGAUGAAGAACUCGGUGUGUCUGGAGAGCUGCACGCUGCAGGGUCGCACGCUAACGGGGACGAUUAAAGUGCGAAAUCUGUCCUUCGAGAAAUCCGUCCACGUUCGGAUCACCUUCGACUCGUGGAACAACCACAGAGACGUGGCGUGCACGUUCAUGAACGACGUCUGCGGAUGCAGGGACACCGACACGUUCUCCUUCACCGUCGAAAUUCCAGCAUGUGUGCCACCUCGGGAUAGCGUGGAGUUCUGCGUUAGCUACACCAGCGGCGAGGAAACGCACUGGGACAACAACAACGGAAAGAAUUACGCGCUCGUGACGACGCACGAUGACGAGAAGGAUAAAACCGAGGAGGUGGGUUCGCGCGAUCGAUUCGGAAGCCAGCAAAAGCGCAGCAGAUUUUCUAGCGAGAUUAAUCGCUUGAUGAUGGGGAUCGGCGCCACCUACUGGUGACACGCAAAAAGUACCACUAAUGAGUUUUUAUGUUUCCAAGAUAUAAGCUAUAAAACACCACGUAUCGACUUAAUAAAGCGAGAAGAUGCAAGAAAGCCUUCAGUCAUUCAUCAGAACUGAAAUGUAUGAUUGUCACCUUUGUUCUUGUUUGCGACUUCAUGGUGUAUACAGACGGAUAUUUCUUUAUCAUGUUAUACUGUCAUACUCUCAUAUUUAUCAAUCUGUAUGAUUUUACAUUAUUUUCAAGCAGCUGUAAAGGACUCUGGACAUAAAAUCAGCAAAAUAACUGAAAAUCUCCAGCACAAAAUGGAGGAAGAGCUGUGCCUGAGAUUCUCCUUCACAUUGAAGGGUUAAACAAAGAUUUACAACGUUUAUUUAUAUACAAUUUCAGAAUGAUUCCACUCUGUAGCUCUGAGGUCAAUGUGUUCAUGUGUUUGUGGAUUUGUGUGUGUGUGUGUGUGUGUGUGUGUGUGUGUGUGUGUGUGUGUGUGUGUGUGUGUGUGUGGAAUUUAUAGCUGCUAUAUGGAUUUGCUUUAAAAAUGUGUUGCUCAUUUUUGCCUGGAUGGUCUCCUAUUGAUUUGAUGUGGUGUCAAUGAAUAAACACUUGUGGAUAUA